AUACCUGCAAAGACAAUGAUAUAUAUGUACAUAUGGUACCUAAGCAACACCAUAACCUACAGACAACUUGCUAAUUUGUUUGGUGUAACGAAAUCCACUGCAUGGACAAUUGUUCGUCGCGUUGUUGCGUGGAUCAUUUCAAUAGGAUACGAGUUUAUCAAGUGGCCAACUGGAGAAGCAGUGGAAGAUACCACGAGAAAGUUUUUGCAAAGAAAGAAAGUACCUGGUGUCAUUGGCGCAAUAGACUGCACACAUAUAACUAUUAACGCACCAAAAAAAGAUAAGCAUAUAUAUUUUGAUCGAAAACGAAAUUACAGCUUAGUUUUACAGGGAAUUGUCGAUGCCGAUAUGAAGUUCAUUGAUAUUUAUUGCGGCGAGCCUGGGUCCUACCAUGACUUCAGAGUACUUAAGAGAUCAGCGUUUUAUAGGAAAGCAGAAAAUAGUGUUGAAAAUUUGUUUCCAAACUCUACAUUUAUCCUUGAAGAUUCGGCAUACCCUUGCAAAAAUGACUUAAUUCCGGUAUUCAAAGAUUAUGGUUCACUAACAGAACAACAAAUCAGAUUCAACAAAAUUCAUUCGUCGGCAAGAAUUGUUGUAGAAAACGCGUUCGGCUUACUCAAAGGUCGUUUUCGCAGACUUUUUAAGUUUACAGAGCAUAAAGAUUUAUGCGCUGUAACACAUUUGGUGGCGAGCGCAUGUAUUAUGCAUAACAUAUGUAUAUUAAAAAACGACGACACCUUCAUCGUUGAAGCAAAUGAAAGUGUGGAAUUAGAACCAGUCUCUGUGAGCGAAAGUGACAUAAGUGGAGAUCGUCGUAAUGAGUUAUUUAUUCAGUUAUUAAAAGGAAAUGUUUGA